AAGCAUCACUGUGUGGUGACUGAUGUUGAAUAGUAACCACUAUACUUCAGAUUAAUCUGCAGUCGAUGAGAGAAAGCUGAGCGUUUUCUAACCCCAGAUUCUCUCCUUGACUGUAACCGUCCAGUUAAACCUCACUGAAAAAUAAUUACAAAAUGGAACUCUUGUUAUGUGGAUUAUUUUGAAAAAGAAAAAACACUAGGACCCCGAUUUGCGCCUCCACUCUGUCUCUUGUGUGGUGCAACAAAGGGGAUAGACUCAGGUCUUACAAUCUUUGUUAGAGAUUCCCCUAGAGCACAGGAGUUCCCAACAGGCACUGAGUCAGUUUUGUUGUCUCUUGUACCAUCAUUUCCCACAAGCCUGGAAGAGAGGAGCAUAUUGGGGGCAUAAAAGAGGCAUGUCUGACAUGCAUUGUAUUCCAUCUAACUUCUUUGGGGAACCUGGUACGUGUUAGGACAGUCCACUGACCUGUUCUCCACCAGAUGGAAAAUUAGAGAGCUGUAUCCAGCUCUGAAAAGAAACUCAACCUAAUAUAGAAUCAGGUCUGAUAAUUCACUGUAUCUCCCACAACAGCAGACGCAUAGAUACGUAUAUUUGGGGUUUUUUUUUAAAUCUCUUAGCAGGCAGGUACUUUUAUAUUCAGAAAUGUGUAUGUUCCUUUAUUUUCAGAAAAAAUUAUGAUCUGUUUUGUGCUGAUAAAAUUGAGACUUUGAUAAUAGUGGUUACAGCUAUGAAAGACAUGUAUGUGCUUUGUAACCCUCAUCAAAAAUCUUUGGCUGUGCCUCUGAGCUUUCAUCUUUUCUAUCACUGAUUUCCAUUUGCUAACCUCUCAUUAGCAGGGAUUGAAAUGAAUUGUUCCAGUUUGUGCUGUGAUUGUCCACUUGAGAACUAUGUUGAGAACAUCACAUGUGGGAUCCCAACCCUAUUAAAGUCAGUGACAAAACUCACAUGGAAUUUGAUGGGGACAAAAUUUCACUCAUAUUCUUUUCCCUUGUGACCUAAACAGGAUAUUUGAAGAUAAUGUACUAAUUACUGUCAACUAGUCAUAUGUAAUAUUAUUUGUACAUCGUUACUAAGUCUGUUUCUAAUAGCAAAAGUGGGAAAACCAUGAUGCCUUUGUCACAGAAAAAUAUGGAAAAUUCAGAAUAUUGGGGUGAGUUAAAAAAGAAAAAAACAAGGUAUGCAGUAUUUAAAUUGUUUACAUUUAUUUUCCUUUUGAAAAGCAUUAAACAGCUGUCAGCAGUACUAUGAAACGAUAUUAAGAGAAGGAAAUAGUAAUAUCUACCAAAUAGUCAAAUUUGUUAAUAAUAAUUAAUUGAAGAAAGACUUGCUCAAUAGCAGACAGACUAGGAUGAAAAAGGACCAUGGGCCAGACCCUCAACUGGUCUAAAUCAGUGCAACUCAAUAACAUGGGGAGAUGCUGAAUUAUACAGCUGUGGAUCUGACCCCUUGAUGUUAUGACAAUAUCCUUAAAAAUGACAUUUUUGGUACAGAAUUGAGUGAGAUACAAUCUGAAGUGGGAACUGAACCAACAUGCAAACUCAGAAAAUGUUUUUAAAAAAUGGUGAUUCACAGCCAUCGAGAGCUGUGAUUGUUCGAUACCUGCAUAGGUGCAGGUAAACAUAGCAGCAGCAGCCUACCAGAGACUAACCCUGGCAGGCUGCUGGGUUUUUUUUAUUGCCCACUCCUACUCUAUGCUGUUUAGGUGAUUUUUUAAAAUUGUGUAUUUAACAACAGAUUGGACUUCCCUGGCCUGCUACCCUCAAGACCUCACCGUCCUGAACAAGGGAAUUUUCCAGACCAGGGGAGAUCCCCUGCCAUUGGCACCCCAGCCCACCACUGGCUCCACUUCUGACCGACUAUGCAGCACCCCUGGCUGAACCCUCUAUCACUGGGCUUCCAGCCGUGCCACUGGACACACAAACACCCCUGCCUCAGAGCUCCUUGCACCACUAGAGCUUCCUGUCCCAGGGCUCCUGACCAUGCUGCCAACCUCCCCCCUUGCCAUGGGGCUUCUAGCUGCACAACCAGUCUCCCUGCUGCAUGGGUUCCCAAAUCCACCAUGGGUUCCCCUGGCCUGAGGCUCUCUGGUCCAGAAACAUCUGUGGUCCAGCGGUUUAGGGAGGUACUUUGAUAUUGAAAGUAAACUUGUAAAAAGGCUAGGUAUUUCAGUAACUUAAAUAGGUCCUUUUAUUAUAUUUCCUAAUUACAGUUUAGUUUAGAAAUGUUGUUUUGGGUUGUGGUUUGUUGGCUUGUCUUUGUUUUAUUUGUUUGUUUUUGUUUUUAACAUUUUCUGAGUUUGCAUGUUGGUUCAAUUCCCACUUUAGAUUGUAUAUUACUCAACUCUGUGCCCAAUUAGACAUUCACUAUUGGUUAAUAUGAAAACUGAAAUACUAAACAGUGAGCACUUUAGACCCACUGGUAGUGGUGGCCUGCUGGCUGGGAUCUGCGGAGCAUUCAUAACCGUACAACAGAGCCCAAGUUGAUUCCAGAACUAAAUAAACCAUGCAGUCUUCAUGUUGAUGUGGCAGGGAAUAGAGAGGGGCUUCUGUGCCAUUGUUGGAGUUCAAACCCCUCCAGACACCACAAAAACAGUCCCAGUAGAGAUAACUUUGAUCUAUGGUUGGGUUUUGUUUGUUUGCUUUUGCUUUUGCAAUGCACUAGAUUGCACCAAGUGGCAUUUAUUUUCAUAAUAGUUUCCCCGGGGAAUGUGUCAAAACCCCUUAAAUGUGUUAUUCCUUUGCCCUCACACCAUAGUUAUGCAAUGGUUUGGUAUAAAUUGAUGUAUUUAUACCUAUUUUAACAACCCAGAAAUAACCCAAAAAGCUAUAUUAAAACUGCAUUUAUUUCUUCAUCUAGAUAGAACAAAAACUGAAUAAUUACAAACAGAUUUUGCAAAUAACCCCCCAAUACUUAAAAUAAUAUUUCCUACUUGUUACAUUACAGAGCAGGCUUCUUGUAAAUGUCAGAAGUUUGGUUAUUCUAAAGAAUGAGGUAGACAGGCAUAGUUAGGGAUUUACCAUCAUUCUGAAGCUAUCAGGAAUAUUCAACCAAGAUGAUCACUUUGUAUUCUGAACUGGUUCUCAGUCUUUGAGGCUUAGGAAAGUGCAGGCUGGGCCUGUCUCUGAUGCUGACCCUGUAUAUUAUGAUAAAACUUAUUUGCACAAUGAUUAUUCUAAAAGACUAUUUCAUUGUCACCAUGCGUGAGAUAAGGCUUCACUUUUUAUUUAAAUACAUUUCUUCAAUUUGAAUCUUCAUUGAACAGUUUAAAGAUACUUUUUUUUCCCAAACUUGAUUAUAUGAGAGCAUUGAUAAUUGUUCUUGCUGUCUCUGAAAGUGGCAAUCUAGAUUAGACAAACUAGAAUUACCCAGUUUUGCAUUGGGUCCUUAUGCAGUCACCUGUAAUAUAAAAAUAAGUCUGGGUUGAUACAUGACUAGCCUAUUCUGCUUGAAGCCUUAUAUUUGCACAAGAAUGUUGCAUUGUUUAAUUUAAUUUAAAUCGGUGGACAUUCCGGUUUACAUACUUCUUGUUUUGAAAGGCUUAUUUUAGUGUAGCUCUAAUAAUUCCUGAUUUAAACUAAUCAAAACAAGUGUGUUUGCACUAGGAAUGUUAAAUAUCUGUUACUUUAAUAGUCAUGUAACCUCACGAAUUCUUAUCGGUUAGUCGACUAUUCUAUAGUCCCUGGGGGCAAGGCCAACAGCCAGUGUGCUCUGGCCCCACUCCGGAGGAGCCUUCUGCCAGUCUGUGCUGAUGCCUGCUGUAUCUAUAUCAGAGGCAGCAGCAUGGGGUGCCAAGCGGAAGCUGGUCCACAAGGGGAGCCAGUUUAAAAAACAACUCCACUCACAGGACCCAGCUAGAGCUGGAACUGAGCUGGGCUGCCUGCCUGCUCAGCUCCUAAUACACUUUAAAUGCAGAGAUGCAGCAGACUCAUUGCCAGGCAGGACUGAACCAGACUGCUGGCCAGACUGCUAAAAAAUGUAUUGGCGGGGAGGGAGGAGGAGAGAAAUGCAUGUAGUCUAUGGCAUUAACCUAUAAGCUUUUGCUUAUUGGUUAAUCGGUUAAUCAACUAACUAUUGCAUCUCUAGUUUGCACUGGAUUAAUUUACAUGUAUGUUCUUAAAUUGAUGCAAUUUUCUCACACAGACAAGACUUUACUUUUCCAGCUUUUUUGCUGAGAGCAGGAAAACAGAGAAUUAGUAUGAAAUAAGUUUGGCUCUAGGCAGGAGGCCAUGUAAAUACCCUCCUAAUGUCGGGGAGUUCAUAGACAGUAGAGAGGAGUCCAUUCCACAAAAUUGGGAAUUGUUCACACCUGCCCUAGCCCAUAACCUACAGUGCUGUAGUUCAAACAGAAAGUAAUUCAGGAAAGUUCUGUGGGCUGUAUUUAUACAAUAGCAUAGACUACAGCCUCUUCCCGACUUACGAACCGGUUACGGACCAAGCAGUUGGUCGUAACUCGGUUCGUUCAUAAGUCAAACCCCAUUGAGUUACAUGCGACCGCGCUGUUCGUAAGCGCGGAUCGCGUUCGUAACUCAGGGUCUGCCAUUUACGACAGCUUUGGUCGUAACUGCGAAUGGUCAUAAGUCGACCGUUUGCAACUCGGGGACCGGCUGUUAUUGAUUACAGUAUAACACAGUUGUUUUUUCUGUCAUAAUAAUCAGUGAACACCAAUCUCCAAAACACAGUAAUUUAAAUUAAAAGUUGUAAAUUGUAAAUACAUCUAAAAUGUUGCACAGUCCCUGAAAUUUAAAACACACAGUUGGUGUACAGUUUGUCAUAUAUUUCAAACUGUAUAUAUGUUGAGGUAGUUUUGCCUUUUGGUGACAAUUUAAUCUGCCCAUUAAACUGUGCCCAGAAUGUCUACAUCCUGCAAAGUCCAUCCAAAUAGUAUGUUCUGUAGUUGCACUAAGGGUGAAAGGCCUUUUAAAAUUGUAAUGCUAAUAUAAUAAUUAAACUCAUGUUUUUUCUUCAUUAAAAUAUCUUUCUAGAGAAGUGUGUAUAUCUAGAGGUAAGUUUCUUAUGUGUAUAUCAUUAACACACACACACACGCCCUCUUGUUUUGUUUUACUGAAAAACAGAAUUAAAAGGGUACGUUUUAUUGCUGAAAAUAGCCAGAGUUAGAAAGAACCUAAAAUAGGUACUCAACCAGAAGUUUCCAUAUAGGGCUUUAAAGGUGUUGCUGCUUUUCAAAAAUAGCUGUAAUUGUCUUUUUACUAACAAAGAAAAUUGUUAUUAUGUGUACAAGUUACUGAGUUUUUAUAAUAAUCAGAUACAUUGCAUCUUCCAUCCAAAGAUCUGAAACUCUGAGAAUUAAUAAAUAAAUCUCCCAACAGCCUUGCCUUGGUGCAGUUAUCUGAUUCUAUCUCCAUUGCAGCCCCGGGGCCAUGUGUCUGGGUUGAGGGCAGUAAUGCUACAUUUAAUUGAUUUCUUGUUAUGUGAUGCCUUCCAGUGGCUUUCCAGCCUUGGUAUAAGCCAGCUGUCAGGAAAGGUGCGGCUUUUUCAUGCUUCAGGUGCUUCACCGCUGUUGGUGUGGGUUACUUAGUACCUUCACUUUGUUCCUUUGAAAUUCAGGAGCAUAAAGGCUGGUAGCCUCUUCUCCCUGUGGGGACCACCCCCACUUCUCCUCUUGGGUUUCAUCUUGGGUUUCCCUACCGGAUUUACUUGUAAUAGACCCUGACAAUUUGGGGAUUAAAACUAAAUGGCUUUUAACAGGCAAAGAGUUUGCCUCUGACUAAACACAGUCUUGUGUUGAAAACAUGUAUUGGUACCAACAAAGGAGCUGAGCUACUGCUCCCUCUGGAAGGCCUCCCCUGUUUUGCUGAGCACCUCCAGCUAAUGAGGCAGAGACCUGCAGGAAUCCCUGCCAGUGGGGUCCAGGUGUUACUCUGGUGUGACAGAGAAUCAGCCUUUUGAGGUGGGAGGAGAUGCAGCAAGGCAUUGGGGCUGUGGGGUGUAAGUGGGGUUCUAGGGAGCCGCUCUCUAUGUUAAGUGUUUCAACGGGAACCUUUAUGCGCCUUCGGUUCCUGCUCCAGACACCAAUAAAAUCAGAGGGCAGCCAGAGGAUUUGCUUCACGUCUCCUUUCUCUUCCGUUCAGUCCCUCUCUGGUCAGGGGGAUGCUGCAAAUCAGGGUUGUCUCCGCAAAGCAACUACGAGGGGCCAAGCGUCCGUCGAGCCUGAGCCUAAUUUCGGAGAUUCUCAGCCCUUUACACAACCUGUCCCAAGAUGCCGCCUCUUCACGCACGUGGGGCCCUGGCAGUGGAAGAGUCUUCAGCCGCUAGGAGGCGGCGCCGAGCUUCAGUGCAUUCAGCGAGGGAAGCUGGGCUUAGACGAGGCACUGCUCAGGCAGGUGAACAGGGGCCGCUGACCUACGCUAGGUUGGUUCUUGCCUAAUCUCGGUGUCUAAGGAUCUCAGAAGCGACGGGUCAGUUCAAUGCGCUGAGCACCUUCCCUGCCGGCCCUGUGACAUACACUAGGGUCUUCAGCGCGUCCGGCGUGGGUCGGCCUUCUCUGUGCAGAAUCGGGAGUGUGAGGGAUUUCUGGGGCAAGGGUGUGCGCGGUACCUCGGCAGGGAGUCUGUUGGGCUAAAUGAGGGCGAGGAGCGGAAACCCGACGGGACUGCAGCAGCGGACAAUAGGAAUCGCUCGGCCAAGUGCCUAGAAAUCGGAGGAAGAAAAGGGCCCGUCUCAGGUCUCUCUGCUUUUGAAUCGUUAGGCUCCCUUGCUGGAGUAGAGUAACUCGUUGCCUGCUCUCGGAGCUUCGAGGCAUUUAGGAUCAAUCUGGCAGAGGUGUUGUAGUGUUCAUUCUCUGUACCAUUGCUCCUAAUUCUGGUUUCCCGCCGUAUUUUCUUUAAACCUGGGGAUCCCUUAUGCGGACUGGACAAUUCAAUCUUUUCCAGAAUACACCCCUAACCCAGCCCGAAAUCUCGGGUUAUCUAGACCAGCAGCGUUUGGCGAUCGAGCUGGAGGAAGCACAGGUUUGAAACAGAAGCAUUUUUUGAAAAAAAGCCAUCAUAACUGUGCAUCUCUGAAACCGCUGCUUCUGCUGUCCGGAAGCUUGUAGUAAAAGAUCUCACGGCCUUCUCAGCAAUGGAACUUGCAACUUAAUAGAAUUAGAUCAGUCUUUGAAUACCACUUCGGUUACAACUCGUUUUUCCCCGGCUAGGAUGUAAUGUUCAGGGAGGUGAACCAGUCGCGAAUCACAAACAAGCAAUCUCCCACUACACACAAUACAAUCCAGUGAACCUCGCCUACAAGAUAUUAUCUGCGGUGUAAGGGGAAGGCUUUGGAGCAGAUCUGCUACAUGGCUAAACCUGCAUUACAUAAUAACUUGGCUUUCCCAAAAGAAAUUCCCUAAAGCCUGGUUCUUUCCGGUCCCCGCUAGCCAGAGGUGCUGGGGCAGAGCCAGCAGGGAUUCCGUAGGAGGUUGGUGUGGGUUUGUGCCUCAGGAAGGUGAAAGUACUUUUCCUUUAGGAAGGGAAUUGCUUUUACUUCUGAGCAAGAUCAGGCAGGGGUUCCAAAGUAGGGAAUGGCCCUUUAAAAUAAUCGCCAAGUCAUGAAAGCCACGUUUCGAUCCCAAGCCCAUGAUUGUGAAGAAAAUGCCAGUGGUGAAAUAAAAGGGGAGUAGCAGAUUUAGGGUAGGCACUACCUGUACUCCAUGCUCUGCAGAAGCUUCUCCAAUUGCUUACUCUCCUCUUUGCUGCACACGACUGGGAAGUGUCAUUUACCAAACAGCGAAUCAUCAGAAAAAUGUUGACGGUCCGGGGCAAAAGUCCCGGGGAACAGGCAGGGAAAGAAAAGGCUAAAAACCUGACCAAUCCUCAAAGGAUCCCCUGACUUGCUCACUCCUGCUCACCCUCCAACAUGCCCGCUAUGGGCAGAGUUUUACAGCGCGGUUUUCGUUUUGUGUUUCAGACACUUGUCAUUAUGGUAGAGUCCUUUGUGGUAAGGGCUUCAUUCUAAAGACGCUCCUGAAAUGCUUGGAUUUGGGGUCUCUUCCUGACUGCCCGGUCUGUGCUAUGCCAGCGGGAGAAGCCCACCCUGUACACUGGGAAACUACUGAUUUGCGCGAAGCCGGUCCUGCUUUCCCCGGGAAGUUCUUGCUUCUGCCCAAGUAUUUGUAAACGUCCAAGAAACGCUCAAUCCAGCACGUUUGCACAUGCUAACGCAAACAAAACUUGAGGAAAUUAAUUAAUUAAAUGUUCCCAGCCCAGCAAUCUUCCUUAGAAAGGGGGACAGACGGGGUGAAAAGCUGCCCUGCUCCUCCUCCUUCCCACCCGCUUUCUUGCCUGUUGUGGAGUUGGGACGUUUCUUUCUUCAGACGAAACUAAAAGCUUGAAUCGGGAGUGUUUGUGGCAUGAACAAAAGUCAAUGGCACCGAGGUUGGGGGGACAGUGGGAUGACGAUGGAGAUUAGGAGAAAGGCUGUGGUCACAGAACCCAAGCAUAAAGGGGAGACUGGCCCCCUCCCUUCCUGGUCUCCAAGGCCCUGUCAUUUUCCAGGUAAGAUGAAUGUCCUCCCAUCAAUCAUUUCGCACAGCCCCCAGGGAGAGCCGGGAAUUUGCUGGGUUACUGAAACUUAUUAGCCUCAGACUGGGCGGCUUUGUUGCGCAGACAGAGCUGCUCUUUUGUGAGCUUUGUUCCCGAGAUUUAUACAUUUCCAUAAUGGAUUAGCCAUGUAACAAACUGCUGAGGCAGGGCUCGCCACGUUUCCUCCACUUUCUUCGCCGACGGAUUUUAGGACAAGUUAAUCUGUAAAUAUGUGAGUUCCACUCCCUCCUCACUUCGCAGGCUGUUAUCUUUCUAGAUAAGCAGAUAAUGGAUCCACUCAGGGGAAGACUCUUACCAGGGUGCUACCGCCUGCUGUGGGAGCCUGCAAGAACCGGCAGAAUAGAGAUAGGAAGCGGGCAGCUGUUGAGCGCUAAGACCCAGGGCAGGCAUUGCCUCCCCUUGUCUCUGAUCCCUGCUGCCUGUGUGAACAGGCAAUACAGAAGCUAGUCAGUAGCUGCUCUGGGGAGGAGCUCUGCAGUCCAGCGGCUUCAACAGGGCGGCAGCACCACGGCUCGCCCAGGAGCGGUGUGUUAAGCCCUUUUUCUGAAUAAAGGUUUAUUUCACUCCCGUUUCGAAGCCACCCACUUCCCUCUCAACCAAUCGGGAUAGUGCUUGCCUGGGGCCCCGCCACGCCCCCCUCCCUGCCAGGAUAAAAAGCCAGGCUCCAGGGGUGAUGAGCAGCAUCCAGCAGCAGGAAAAGCCCCGUCUGUAGCCAGCACCAUGAAGAACUCCAUGUUCGAGGCGGCCUCCCUGCUGCUGGAGAAGCUGCUCCUCUUGGCCAGCCUCAGGCUGUACAGCGUGGGCCCCGGCGCGGGGACAGAGGAGGAGGAGGAGGAGAAGCAGCCCAGCUACUACGACACCACCUACUUCAAGCGCGGCGACCUGCUGGAAGUGCCCCGCACCCUCUUCGUGCACUUCGGCAUCUACCUGGGGGACAACCGGGUGGCGCACCUCAUGCCCGACAUCCUGCCCGCCUUCACCGACGACCAGCAGCAGAUCCAGCAGGUGGUGACCAACAAGCGGCUCAUCCUGGGCGUGGUGGCCCGCACGGCCCGCAUCCGCGUGGACACGGUGGAGGACUUUGCCUACGGCGGCUCCAUCCUGGUAAACCACAUGGACCGGCGCACGGCCCGCAUCCGCGUGGACACGGUGGAGGACUUUGCCUACGGCGGCUCCAUCCUGGUAAACCACAUGGACCGAACUUUUCCUUUUGUCUUUUUUUUGCAGUUCUGUGAAACAGUGAAGAUGAUUAUUCGGGACCAAAGAAGUGUUCUUGCAGCAGCGUUCCUGGGAAUAGCAUCUAUUAUCUGCCUGGGUUUGGCACCUUCCACCACCCUACCCACUAUCAUUAUUCCGUUCUUUCUGUGGAUGGCUGGUUAACAGAAGCACCAACAGAGCCUGUUAGUGCCUGUACAUAGACUGCAUAAUAAUGUAUUUAUAAAAGCACAAAUUACUUAUCAGUGGUUGUGUAAAGAGGAAAAAGUGACCUGUAAUGUGUGCCUUAUUUUAAUCACAUCUUUAUCCAGAACACAAUGUACAAAGAGUAGCUUACUAUGUAAGCCAAAUAACCAGAUUUCCUGAAAAUCUGCUAGAAGGUAAAUGUAACACACCUUCCAAGUCAUAAAAGGGUAGGGGGAUGAUUUGCUCCCUGCUUUGUCAUAAAUUAAUUUUAGUGAAUGUAUUUUAUCAGGGUUUUUUCUCUCUUAACUUUGUAUAUCCAAGUGCCAUAUAAAAUAGUGAUGAUUAGUUUCAUCCUGAAAAGUGGAUGAGAGGACAUCUAAGUACUUAGGUAAAAAUGAUGGAAGCUGAAAACAAGCUAAUUUCACUUCCAUAUACGUGUAUUCUGCAUUCAGGAAAGUUAUUGUUUCUAAAUCAACAUGUAUUAAGUGUUGAAAUAUCUUUUAAUGAGAAAUAAAAGCAGCCUCAGGAUUAAAAGCAGCCUCAGGAUUAUGUUCUGAGUUGGUAAAAACUCCUAGUGAAGUAUUGUUUCCUUCCACCUGUGGCUGAAUCGAUACUGCCCAUUCUGUUCCUUUCUAGAGGGUGUUCACAAGGUACAUACUUCAUUUUACUUGCACAUAGAGUCUAUGCCAUUCUGAACUGCUUUUUGCCUGGGUUUAGUUGUAAGAAAAGACUUGCUAGUAAGAGUCAGUGCAGCCAAUAUAGUUUGCUACGGGGGAUGUCAGAAGAUAUGGAACAAAGCAAUUUGGUUGAUGAAAACUAGUAACUUCCAAACAAAUAAGAAUUUUCCUGUGCUCU